AUGGAAAAACUCUACAACGAAAAUGAAGGAAAACUGGAAAGCGAGGGAAAGCCAGAAGAUAAAAUAGAUACAGAGGAUGAAGGAAAGUCAGACGGGAAGGAAAAGCCAGAAGUGGAGGGGAAGCCAGAGCAAGAGGGAAAGCUCCAAGAUCAAGGACAGCCAGAUGCUGAGGGGAAACCAGAAAAGCAGAGCAAGUCCCAGGGUGAGGGAAAAGCUCGCAGUGAGGGCAAGCCAGAAGCCCAGGCCAAGCCAGAGAGCCAGCUGCAAGCUGCCGAAAAACGCCCGGCUGAAGAGUAUGUGCCCCGGAAAGCAAAGCAAAAAACGGACAGGUGGACAGAUGAUUCCCUCAAGGACUAUCAGGAGGACUUACGGAAAAGGCAUGUGGGCAUUGAGGAGAGGAUGAGAGAAUAUGGAAAUGUAGCCAGGCUUCGGGAAGAGCUCAGGAAAAGGCAGAAAACAGGUAGUUUUCACUGGAUGCAAAGAGAUGUACGGGAUCGAUUCUUCCCAAGGGGCCAGCGGGGUGUCAGGGGAAUGAGGGGUGGAGGUAGGGGCCACAGAGACCUUGAAGAUAGUCCAUACAUUUAA